UCAAAGCCACGCCCCCGAGUCGCGCUCCGGUUCCAGGCAUUCACGCGCCUAGUAGGUAGAGCUUGGCGGAAUAGUGCUGUGUUGUGCGCGUGCACUUGGGUGUCAGUGACCGGUGGGUCAGGCAAUAACAAACGGUUUAGCUUCAGAAAUCUUUAUCAAAACAAGCUGCAGUAUCAAUGGUUGAAAAAAGAUAACAGGACGAUUGUGGUGAAUUGUAACUGCUGAGCAGAAUGAGUUCACUAAAACCAAGUGGGCUUAAGGCGCCUUCCAAAAUAGCAAAGCCUGGUUCUGUAACCACUAAAUCGUCUGCUGCUGCUCCCUCGAUUAAAGCUGGCGCAUUGGAUAAAUCAAUAGCUGCACCCACUCCAGAAGUAAAUGAAAAGUUUGUUGAUGAUUACCGAGUUGGAGAACGUGUUUGGGUUAAUGGCAAUAAGCCUGGAUACAUUCAAUUUCUUGGGGAGACCCAAUUUGCCCCAGGACAGUGGGCUGGUAUUGUACUAGAUGAAACAAUUGGUAAAAAUGAUGGAGCUGUAGCAGGUGUUCGCUAUUUUCAGUGUGAUGCCUCAAGGGGGAUUUUUACCAGACCAUCAAAGUUAUCACGCAAGCCAUUGGAGGAUGAGACCAAUGGAACAGAAACAGCUUCUACAUCAAGAGCUACCUCACCAACCGCUGUGUCUUCUACAAAUGUUGUUUCUCCUGUUACUGCUUCAGCUCCAGUACCUACAGCAACACCUCUAAAGAGCUCUUCUCCUCCUGCUAAGGACAUAUCCACACCAGCCCAACUAAGUAAUCUUACAAGAACAGCAAGUGAAUCUAUAUCCAAUUUGUCUGAAACUGGAUCAGUCAAGAAGGGAGAACGGGAGCUUAAACUAGGGGACAGAGUUUUGGUAAGUGGCUCCAAAGCUGGUGUCAUACGCUUCCUGGGUGAAACAGAUUUUGCAAAAGGAGAAUGGUGUGGAGUUGAAUUAGACGAGCCAUUAGGAAAAAAUGAUGGUGCUGUGGCUGGAACAAGGUAUUUUCAGUGUCAGCCUAAGUAUGGUUUAUUUGCACCUGUACACAAAGUUACACGGAUUGGAUUUCCAUCAACCACCCCUGCAAAAGCUAAAACCGCUGUACGAAAAAUGGUUACACCAAGUACGCCAGCAUCCUUGAAACGCAGUCCCAGUGCAUCUUCUGUUAGCUCCUUGAGUUCAAUAUCCUCUUCUGUGAGCAACAAACCAAGUCGGACGGGCCUAUUAACUGAGACAUCAUCUCGAUAUGCAAGAAAAAUUUCGGGCACAACUGCUCUUCAGGAAGCACUGAAAGAAAAGCAGCAACAUAUCGAACAACUAUUGGCUGAAAGGGACGUGGAGCGUGCUGAAGUUGCUAAGGCCACAAGUCAUGUUGGAGAGGUAGAGCAGGAACUAGCAGGGAUACGACAUGGACAUGAUCAGUAUGUAAUAGAAAUGGAAGCAAAGAUGGAUCAGUUGCGUGCAAUGGUUGAAGCCGCUGACCGUGAAAAAGUAGAAUUUUUAAACCAACUUGAAGAAGAAAAGAGGAAAGUGGAAGACCUCCAGUUCCGUGUUGAAGAAGAGUCUAUCACUAAGGGUGAUUUAGAGGCCAAAAAGCAACUAGUUUCAUUAAAAGUUGCAACAGUUUCAGAAAAAUCUCGCAUCAUGGAACUUGAAAAAGACUUGUCUCUGAAAGCAAAAGAAGUCGCUGAACUACGUAAAAGACUACUAGAGUGUGACAAGCAAACCGGCAGUGUAGAUGCAUCACUUUCAUUGUUGCAAGAAAUAAGUUCUUUGCAAGAAAAUAUUGCUGCAAUGACCAAAGAUCAUGAACAGGAACUGAAAUCUUUGAAAGAAAAACUUGAAACCACAGAAGGCAUCCAAGAGAAAGAGGUUGAAGCAUUAAAAGUCUCCAUAGGAAAAAUUUCCAAAGAGAAUGAAACAUUAAAAAUAAAACUCAACCAUGCAAAUACAGAGAAUGCAGAUGUGAUAGAACUCUGGAAGUCAAAACUCGAAGCUGCAAUUGGAUCACAACAGCAAGCAAUGGAAGAGCUAAAGGUUUCCUUUACCAAAGGGGCUGGUGCACAAAAUUCUGAACUGAUUGAACUUCAGGCUCACAUAGAAAACUUAAAACUGGAGCAUCAAAAAGAGAUUGAACAAUUUAAAUAUGAUAAAGAUAAGGAGAGAUCUGACUCUCAGAAAGAGUUAGAAGCCCUAAAGGCUAAGCUCCAAGAGUCUAGUGAAGAAAGUGAAUCCGAGCUUGAAGCCCUAAAAUCCAAGCUAGAAUUGGCAGAAGAACAGCACCUUAUUGAGAUGGAAGAUGCAUUAAAUAAACUUCAUGACACAGAAACAAAGGUAAAAGAACUUGAGACUCUGCAAGCACAGUGUGCAGAGCAAAACCAUACAAUUGAUAGGUUAACAGCCAAGAUCAAGGCUUCAGAAGAGUUAAUGCACAAAGCAGAAUCUGAAGGUAAAAUGGAAAUCUUGAUAUUUAAGGAGAAACUUGAGGCUGCUGAAGAGCAAAUUAGGAGACUUGAGGUAGAAAACAUUUCAGAAACUAAUAAGGCAAAUGAUUUGAGUAAAAAGUUAAAUGAAAAAGAUGAAAUGCUUUCUGCUCUCGAGAACAACCUAAGUAAUUUGCAUCUGGGGAAAGACUCUUUGGAAAAAGAAAUUGAAAACUUGAGAGAAAAUUUGAAUACCUCUUCUCAUGGAAUGCAGAACCUUCAGAAAACCCUGGAUGAAACUACAGAGAAGCUGCUACUUAAAGACAAGGAAUUUGAUGAAAUUGUUAAACGAUUUGAAGAUUUACAGCCCCAGUUGCUUGCUCUCAAGGAGAAGUUAAAGGAGAGUGAGGAAAAGGAACGGACUCUAGUAAACGCAAAAGCAAAAUUAGAAAAUCAGAUUUCAGACAUGAUACAGUCUUCAGGUGAUAGUUCUGUUCAGAUGACAAAGUUAAAUGAAGAACUUCAGUCUAGGGAAAGAACUUUAGAAGAACAACAAUCUGAGCUCUUAAAAGCUAAAGAAACUGUGAAACAACUUCAGGAAAGUAUUGAGCUUUUGAUAUCUGAAGCUAAAGAGAGGUACGAAAAGGCAGAGGAAUCUCAUCAACUGGAGGUUACCAAAAAGAGCACAGAGAUUGAGAGUUUGAAAAUGGUAAUUGAAAAGAAUGAGAAUGAAAGUAGAAACGUGCAGAAAAUGCAUGAAAAAGCACUUGCCGAUAUGACAUCUCAGCACCAAGCAGAAGUUAAUCAAGCUAAAGAAAAUAUACAGGCUAAAGAGGAGCUAUGGCGAACUGCACAAGCUAUGCAUAAUGAAAUGGAAAAACAAAUGGAGGAGCUGAAGCAGCAAGCAGAAAAGGCCAAGUCCCUAACCAUUGAGCUAGACUCUACAAGGAAACACAUUGAAUGCUUAACUGAAGAGAUAAGGGUCUUAACAUUGGACAGAGACACUCUGGCCCAAGAGACAAGUACCUUAAAAUUAGGGAAUGACUCACUUCAGUCACAACUUUUAGAAUUUGAAUUCAGAACCAAAGUGUUGCAGCAAGAUCAAAGUAUGUUAUUCUCACAAACUGAAGAGUUAAAAGUUGCAAAUGACAGCCUUUUAAAUGAGAAACAAGAAUUAGAGAAUAAAUACCACACCCUAAACAUCACUAAGGACUUAAUAGCUUCCGAGAAAGAAAAGCUAAUAUCUGAUUUGGAUAAUGCCAGACAUGAAUUAUUGAAGAUGACUUUGGACAAUGAAGACUUGCAGUCUUCUGUGACUACAUUGGAUUCUGAUUUUAAAGAACUUAAGCAGUGCAAGGAGGAUUUGUUUGCAAAUUUUAUGGAACUUCAAAACAAGGAGCAAGAAAUGCAAUUUUUUCAGAACAAAUUAACUGACGAAAAAAUAAUUAUUGCGAAAGAAAAAGAUGAAAUUAUUGAAAUGCUAAAGAACACUAACAAAGAGAUGGAAAUGAAGCAUGGAAAGUUGGAAGAUGAAAUCUGUGUGCUUAAUACUGAAAAAGAAUCUGCUUUAAGUAAAUGUAUGAAUUUGGAAAGUAAGAUAAGUGUUUUAGUUAAUGAAAAAGAGAGUCUAUUAAAAACAACUACAGAACAAAACCGUGAAAAGGAAGAUUUGUUGUCAAAGCAGAAUGAAUUAAACUCUGUGUUAGAAAGUUUAAAUAAAGAAAAAGAGGUCUUAUCAGUUGAACUAGCGGAAAUUCAAAUACAGCUUGAACAGUUAGCCAAAGAAAAAACAGGGCUUUUGACCUGCAAGGAUGAAUUACUUAUUACAUCUGCAAAGAUUGAAAAAGAAAAAAGUGAUAUAGAAGAGUAUCAUAAAAACCUCAUAGAUGGAUAUACGUUGGCUGCUAAAGGGAAAGAUGACAUCAUUGAAAAGCUUCAGCAGUCAAUAGAGGAGGUUGCACAUGAGCAAAUAAAUCUUACCAAUGAAUUAGCUGCACUCAGAAUAGAAAAGGAGUCUUUUCAAGUAAAAUGUACUGAGCUUGAAAAUAGGUUGUCUAAUUUAGCUAGUGAUAGUGAUGGUUUCAUGAAGAUAAUUAAGGACCUUAAUAAUGAAAAGGAGCAACUUUUACUGAAAAAUAAGGAUUUAAAUACACAAAUAGUAAACUUAAUUCAAGAAAAAGAAAAGAUGGCAGUUGAAUAUAAUGAUUUAGCAGCAGAGUUAGCUGGUAUAAAAAAUGAUCUUGCAAGAUCAGCCCAAGACAAUAAAGAGCUUCAGAACACCAAAGAAAGUCUCUACAAGUUGCUUGAAGAAAUCAAAACAAGUAGAAGUGUUACCGAUUCUGAACGUGUCACUUUGCUGCAAGAGAAAGAGGAACUGCUUGCAUCGGAAAGGAAACUACUGGCUGAAAAAGAAUCUGCUUUAAGUAAAUGUAUGGAUCUUGAAAGUAAGAUAAGUGUUUUAGUUAAUGAAAAAGAGAGUCUAUUAAAAACAACUACAGAACAAAACUGUGAAAAGGAAGAUUUGUUGUCAAAGCAGAAUGAAUUAAACUCUGUGUUAGAAAGUUUAAGUAAAGAUAAAGAGGUCUUAUCAGUAGAACUAGCUGAAAUUCAAACACAGCUUGAACAGUUAACCAAAGAAAAAACAGGGCUUUUGACCUGCAAGGAUGAAUUACUUAUUACAUCUGCACGAAUUGAAAAAGAAAAAAGUGAUAUAGAAGAGUAUCAUAAAAACCUCAUAGAUGGAUAUACGUUGGCUGCUAAAGGGAAAGAUGACAUCAUUGAAAAGCUUCAGCAAUCAAAAGAGGAGCUUGCACAUGAGCAAAUAAAUCUUACCAAUGAAUUAGCUGCACUCAGAAUAGAAAAGGAGUCUUUUCAAGUAAAAUGUACUGAGCUUGAGAAUAGGUUGUCUAAUUUAGCUAGUGAUAGUGAUGGUUUUAUUAAGACAAUUAAGGACCUUAAUAAUGAAAAGGAGCAACUUUUGUUGAAAAAUAAGGAUUUAAAUACACAAAUAGUAAACUUAAUUCAAGAAAAAGAGAAGAUGGCAGUUGAAUAUAAUGGAUUAGCAGCAGAGUUAGAUGGUAUAAAAAAUGAUCUUGCAAGAUCAGCCCAAGACAAUAAAGAGCUUCAAAACACCAAAGAAAGUCUCUACAAGUUGCUUGAAGAAAUCAAGACAAGUAGAAGUGUUACCGAUUCUGAACGUGUCACUUUGCUGCAAGAGAAAGAGGAACUGCUUGCAUCGGAAAGGAAACUACUGGCUGAAAAAGAUGUCCUCAUAAAACAAAACGAAGAGGUUACAAUGAAGUAUCAAAAAAUGUUUGAGGAGGCAGAUUUUACACAAAAGGAGAUGAAAGAAGGGAUAAAUAACCUGAAAAAUGAGAAGGAUUUAAUCGGUGUAAAGUUAUUGGAUCUAGAAAAACAAUUUAAUCUAGUAUCAGAGGAGAGAACUGAAUUGAAAAUAAAAUACAGUGAGCUCCAGUCUAAAGAUCAGUUAAUUUUUAAUGAAUUGACAGAUUUUAAAGCUAAAUAUGAACUAGCUCAUACAUCAAAUACUUUGUUGGGCCAGGAAAAGAUUAAUCUCUUAGAAGAGCUUGAAUCUGUUAAUGCCAAGAUGAUCACGUUAACAAAAGAAACCGAAGAACUUACUAGAAUGAAAGAAAAUCUCUCCUCAUUAUUAGAACAUACUCAGAAAGAAAAAUCUGUUUUAGAAUCCGAGCAAGCCAAAAUUUUUCAAGAAAAAAACUCUCUGUUGGAGGAAUUUAACAAAUGUUGUAAUGAUAAGGAACUUUUAGCGAAUGACAGAGAUAGCUUACAAGAAAAAUGCCAGGAACUGAAUAUCAGUUUUAAAAAUUUUGAACAAAGAUUAAUAGAAGAAAGAGCAAUGUUUGUAACUGAAAAAGAGACGCUAAUGCUUAAAAAUAAAGACCUUCAAAGCCAGCUUAAUUUGGUCAUUGAAGAACGAGAACAUUUUGAACUCCAGAAUAAACAGCUUCUCUCUGAGAAUCAAAAUAUGUCAGAGCAGAAGGAAUCUAUAGAGAAUAGCAUAAAUAUUGUUGUUAAGGAAAAGGAGAGUUUAGAAGUUCAGAAUAAUUGUCUUUUAUCUAAUAUUGAAGAUCUUAAACAAGAGAUUGAGUUAUUAAGUAGUUCAAAAAUAGAACUUCAGGAAAAGGUCAACAGUAUAUCUGAAAUGUUGGACCAAGUUAGCAGCAACUAUGAUACUAAAGAAUCGGAGGUUGAAAAGUUGCUUAAAGAAAAUUCUGACUUAAUGUCUGCUCAAGUAAACCUAUUGGAAACAAAUUCCAAUAUUUUAAAAGAGAAGGACAUUUCUGCUAAAGAUUAUGAAAAGCUUUCUAAAGAAGCAGGGUCGUUAACUAGAACCAAUCAAGAACUAUCAGCCCUUGUUCAGCAACUUGAAGAACAGAGUCAGAAUAUGAAGAGUGAAAAGGAAGAAAUGAUGAAAACGUUUAGUGAACAUGAGACUCUUCGAAACAAUACAGAAGCAAAAAAUAAAGAGGUUUGUCAGAUGGCUGAAGAAGCCUUCCAAAUUGUUGAAAAGAUCACUGCCGAAAAAAAUAACUUAUUAGAAGAAAAGGCAAAGGCACUUACAGCACAGGAAGAGCUAGAAAAACGUCUUACAGAGCUGCAACAGGAAUUGGAUAGCCUCAAAAAGCAACAUUUUUCAGCCGCAGACCAAGUAAACAAGACUGCAGAACUUCUUAAGGGAGAAUGUAGAAAAACUGAAACAUUAAAAAAGGAAUUGGAAGAGCUUAGGCUUGCAGCUGAACAUAAGUCCCAGCAGUUAGAAGCUCUGCAGGAAGAGAACCUCAAACUUGCUGAGGAGCUUGGAAGGAGCAGGGAGGAGGUCACAACUAACCAAAAGCUUGAAGAGGAGCGAUCAGUAUUGAAUAAUCAGUUGCUAGAGAUGAAAAAGAGAGAAGCUUUACAAAACAAAGAGUUUGAUGAAGAGAAGACUUCUCUACAGAAAUCUCUAACCCUUACCAGUGCCUUGAUCACCGAAAAAGACAAAGAGCUUGAAAAACUCAGAAAGGAGAUUUCAGACCUGCAAGGAGAGAAGGAGUCUGCAAGAACGUUACAGUCAGAAGUGAGGUCAUUAGAGUCUGAAAACAUGAAAUUGGAGAAAAGAGUGCAUACCUUGGAGCGAGAACUCAAUGAAAACAAACAGAUCAACAAUUUGUCAACCUCAUCAGGUGAUACAUCUUUAAGCAGCCAAUUCCAAGAAGAAAAGAUGUCUCUGGAAAGCCAGAUUGAUUUCCUUAAUUCGGUCAUAGUAGACCUUCAAAGAAAAAAUGAUGAGUUGAAAUCGAAGCUGGAUAAAAUGAUCGAGGCAUCUCUUAAUGGAAAUAACAUGGAUGAACUGGAUAAUCAUGACAGCUUGAAUGGGACACAGACAAAGAAGAAGGUUCCACCUCGCCUGUUCUGCGAUAUCUGUGACUGCUUUGAUCUCCAUGACACUGAAGACUGCCCCACACAGACCCAGCUGCCCGACUCACCACCUCAUUCAAACUUUCAUGGGAACAGAAAAGAGGAGAGGCCAUAUUGUGAUAUCUGUGAAGUAUUUGGGCACUGGACAAGUAGUUGCAAUGAUGAUGAGACCUUCUAACAAAUCUACCUGCAGAAAGUUAACAGUUCCUAUAAUUGGAUUUAUUGACCUCACCAGCAUUUAUGUGCAGAGGCUUCAGUAACCUAUUUUCAAACAAACUAUUACAGCUGUUUGAAUUACCGAUAUGCAAAUUAAUUCCCUGGAUUUGCUUAAAUUUGGAUUAUAUUUGCAAACCAUUGAAAGUAGCCUCAUGUAUGAAUAUUUACACAUUAACCUGCUUCAUUAAACCGUUUAAGGGCUUGCUAAAGUUAUCUAUAAUGAAACCUCAUCCAACCUUAACCUCUGUUUAAAAAUAUAUUUUCAGCUUUCCAUGCAUAUUAUGUUUUCAUAUUUGCACUAUAUUUACAUAAGUACAUUUAAAUGCAUUUAGCUUUGACAGUGGAUGGUUUUUACGUAUCAGUAAUGAUUUGGGAGUUUUUUUCUAUUACCAUCUAGUUUGAUACAGUAGAGGAGAUGACAGUGAUUUUAAAACUAUUAUCAAAUUAACAGUGAACAGUAAAAUAAUUGCAUUUUAUUUUAAACGAAUACUGUCUAGUAUUGUCAAACUAUCAAUUAAAUAGUAUGACAGAACAGUAUUUAUUGUUGUGGAAUGUAGUGAAUCUAUUUGAAAAUCCAUAAGCAUCAAAGCAGGUUUUUCAAAGUUAUUGAAUCUCUGUUACUUUUGACUGUUUUGAUAUGUAAAAAAAUAUAGUGUGUCUCACACAUGGUUUAUAUGCAUAUUGUAUUGUGUAUGGUAUACAAACAAUGAAGGUGUAAAAUCAUUUAUUGAAUGUGUUAUUUGUAUGUUCAGAAAGUGUUGUUUGUAACUACAUUUUUUACACAACUAGUCACUUUAUUCUAAGACCUGCAAUGUGUUGCUAUGGCAUGAUCAUUUUAUCAGUUUGUGUCCUAGCAGAUCCUUACCCACACAUGGCACUGCACUGUUUUCAUUUUUUCCAUUUCACCCAUUUAAAUAUCAAAUUAAAUAAUUGUCAAAGUACUACUAUUACAUUUGUUAGUCUACUGCUCAGUUGGAUACUUGUGAGUAAUUAUUUCCCUUAACGGUUGUCUGGCAACUAACCAUAUCAUUGUUAAAAGCUUGUAAGAGCUAAGUCGUUUGACAAAUUGCUGCUAAAAUUAGCUUUAACGAAAAAGAUUUCUGUCCAGUUAAGGAUUGAUAGUGUCCACUGCCUUUAUGGAGUGUAGUAGUGUAACGUUUUCCGGCCCUCAGUUAUUAUGUCUUCCUAUCACAUAAUGUGUGACUCACCUGUUGGUACCAAUUCUUUGUUUUUACAAACUCCUAAAACUCUUUAUUCAAAGAGCACAUAGGAAGCACAGGGUAUGCCUGGUUUUUACUAGCCUGAUUUAUCUGUAAAGUUACUACAGUCUGUUCCGUUUGUGCCUCAGACAACUCUAUAAGCUUUUAUUAUUUCUUUAAACAUAUCAAUUAAACAUCAAUACUAUGUAACAUUUAAUAAAUGGAAACUUGAAUUGAUACUCCUGGUUUUCUGCAGGUGGAUUUCUGUUUUUUUUUUUCUUUCUGUUAACCCCUCAGUCACUUUUUAAAAUGUCCUUUCAUAAAAAUAUGUUGUCAUAAUUCAUUGUACCAAUGGUGUAUUUUAAACACCUUAUGCUAUUACUGUACAAAAUAUGUUUAUAUAGAUUAAACUAAUAAAUUAAAAUAAUUCUAAAUUAGAAGCGAUUACUUAUAUGUAUAUGAAUUGGUUGUUGCAUAUAAAAUAUAGUUCUUAUUGUAUGAAUGGAAGAUUGUAAAUAAACAUAUUCUUGCUAAAUUAAGUAAAAACAUUUUCAGGAUGCAAGAAUCUUUCUAAGGUAUUAAUAUCCAGUACAUAUUGUUUCUUUAUGUAAUAUGUAUGUUCUUAAGUGGGUUUCUUAUAUUGGAAAUUCUGUACCUGGCUUUCCAUGAAUUUGUAAUUGUUUAUUAAACACUGUAUUAAUAAA